AUGGAAUUCGACAUUCCAGUUGCAGCUCAUGCUCAGCCUCGGCUGUCCGAGCACAUAUAUGUCGACGCCGACAUCCUCCGCACUCGCUUCGCCGUUGCCAUGUCCAACAUGUAUAAGGCGGAAGUUCCACUUUACGAAGAUUUGGUUUCCAUUGUACAGGGUGUUAAUCAGUCCGUUCUUGCGAACUAUAAUACAAAGGAUAGUGUCGAGCGCAUUACCCUGGAACGCCAUGGUGCCAUCCGCCUCGGCAGUCCAUAUGAGCUACAAGUUGUUAGGCGUAUUUUCGGUCUGCUAGGCAUGCACCCUAUCGGCUACUAUGAUCUCUCUAUCGCCGGUCUUCCAAUGCAUGCUACAUGUUUUCGACCACGAGAUGCUGAAUCUUUGGCCAAGAACCCCUUCCGAGUCUUUACAACACUUCUACGACCUGAGCUUUUGCAAUCACUCGAAGCUCGGGAGCAGGCUCUAAGCCUCCUUCAACAACGCAAGAUCUUCAGUGAUGUGUUGCUUGAUAUUAUGAGCAUUGCAGAAUCGCAACAGGGUCGCUUCACCUAUGAUCAAGCAGAAAUAUUUGUCGAUAAUGCCCUGGAGUCUUUUCGCUGGCAAUCUGUAGCAGCCGCCACGUUUGAUAUGUACAACACGUUGAAGAAAGAGCAUCCUAUUCUAGCAGAUAUAGUUUGCUUCCAAACUGCUCAUAUCAACCACUUAACUCCCCGAACUCUCAAUAUCGAUCUUGCGCAGGCUGCUAUGCAAGCCCAUGGUAUGGAGGUAAAAGAUAGGAUUGAAGGUCCUCCGAAACGUGGAUGUCCUAUUCUUUUGCGUCAGACCAGCUUCUUGGCCCUCCAGGAAGCUGUUAGCUUUGCAUCUUCGAGUAAUCACCCCGAAAAGCUCAUUGAUAGCUAUCACAAAGCUCGGUUUGGAGAGAUUGAGGAGCGAGGGGCAGCUCUCACCCCAGCUGGGCGCAAGCUAUAUGACGAGCUAUUUGAUGAAGCGAUGGAAACUGCUUGGACAACAGGUCAGAAAAUGGAUGAAACUGUGGCCAAAGUGUUUAUUAAAUACCCGGAUACGUGGAAUGAGCUACGUCGGCGGGGAUUAAUCUUUUGUGAGUUUACUCCAACGGGGAAGCUCCUCCCAAUACACCUAGCGAAGCAUGAUGAGAAACGGGGAGACUUUCUUGAGCAACUCGUGCUCGCUGAAAUUGUGAGCGCUGUGCCAAUUACAUAUGAAGACUUUCUUCCAUUCUCUGCAGCUGGCAUUUUCCAGUCUAAUUUGGGGAAUUCAUCGUCUUCCGCUAUGGGCCAGAAAAAACCAUACCCCGACCAGGAAACCUUCGUAAAGUCCCUCGGCUGCGAAAUUCUAGAUAGUAACACCCUAUAUGCCGGUAUUCAACGCAAGAGUAUUGAAAAUUGCGCGCAUCAGUUGGGCUUAAGUGCAUUUGAUCUGAUUCGGGAUUUACCAUAA